AUGUCUUUACAAAGAUUAUUAUUAUUAAAAAAUUUAAAAGUUCGUCCCCCUUUUUUUUAUAAAUUCAAACCAAGUUCAAUUCCUAUUGACCGCCGCUAUUAUUUUAAUCCUACCUGUAAUGGGAUUAACAGAAAGGAAUGUGUAUGUUUCAAUUCCGUAGAAACUCGAUCAAAUCACUGGUCUCCCAACGAUGAUUAUGGUGAAGAUGGAAAUUUAUUAGAAACAUUUAAAAAAAUAAUAUUCCAUAGCGAUACCGAAAUUCAAGACUUCUUAAAUUUGGUACAAGGAAAAGGUUUCGUGGAAAUUAUCAAUGCUAAAAGCAAGAAAUUACCAAUCGAAGAAAAGCCACCAUCAAUUGUUAAUAUAGAAAUGCAAGAUAACUUGAGAUUACUUAACAAAAAACAAAAGUUUUCCGCCCCCGUUACUAGUAAUGAUUCACCUAAAAAAGAGAAAAUUAAGGAACGAGGUGAUGUUUCUAAUUUGGCCUGUAAUUUACAAAGUAUAGAAAAUUUUAAACAUUAUAGAAUUGAGUUCCAUUUUAUUUCAAAGAUCAAAUAUGAAUCAACAUGGACCGAAAAAGAAGACAAAGCAAUGAAAGAAGAAACUUUAUUAGCAAUAAUGGAAGCUCUCAAUAAAUAUGAAACAGAUAAAAUCUUAAUUGCCGGAGAAAGGAUGUAUUUGGUUGAAGCCGAACAUAAUAUAACACUUGAAAACAUCAAUAACAUCGCAGACGAAAUAAAAGAAUUUAAAAAAUUGAAAAAGAAUGAUGUAAGUAGCGAAUAUCAUGAAUUAUUGGAUAAACUAAUGAUAGAAGGCAUUAUCUGUGGGGUUAAUUUUCCAGAAGAAUUUCGAAAAAUGGCAAAGGAUAGAGGUUUAUUUAGUGUAUACCCGGGCGGCGGAAGAUAUAAGAAAAUGAAUUAA